AUGGCUGGCCGUAAACGUUCAAACUCUGGAUCAGGCAAAGUUAAAUUUUCUGAUGCCAUAGUAAAAGAGAAAGUGAAACAAGCACUAAAUGGUGUCCAGGAUAGAAAUAUUGAAUUCAAAAUUCCAUCAAAUUGGUCUACAAACCAAAACUACGUUAGUCAGUUCAGAGAUUGUUUUUAUCACUUGAACAUUAAAUUGGCAGAGUCUUCCGAACAUGAAAUUGUGAAGAGUAAUUUAUAUACAAAUUGUUUGAUGGCCAUCAACAAGUUUGUCUACUCACCAAACAAUGAAACAGCAAAUGAAGUGUUUAAAGUUUUUGAUUUUGCAAAAGAAGAGGACUUGGGUCGAAAUUAUUGCUUGUUAUUCAAAGCCUUGUUUCCGAGCAGAUUCGAAUUACCUGGUUGGAAAGACACAUCAGAGCUUACCAAAACUGGCUCUCACUUUUCUCCUCUUUUUGAUUUGGCUGUUUGUUUCCAAAAUUAUUUCAGGUGUGGAAAUCAAGUGGUUAAAGACUUGUUUCAUGACAAUGAAGUAUUUGAGGAUAUAAAUUUAGGUGUUAAACCAGACGAUGUUUUGAUUAGAAAAUACAGAGAUAGUAUUGAUGUUAUCAAAUUGAUAAGAGAAGAUAAACCAGACAUAGUUACACAUCAUUAUAUGCAUAAAGACUUUUUGAAGUUAAUAAUACAAAUGAGAUUGAGCUUGGCCUAUGCAAUAAGAAACCUUAUUACCAGUGAUUCAACAAUCAUUGAUAGCCAUUCCAAACUUUUCACAAUAGGAGUGAACACAAGCAGUAAGAAAUCUUUUGUUUAUGUUAUGAACGUGUUAGUAACUAAAAAUGAAAAUGAUGCAAAAAAUGAUUUUGAUUUGAGUUAUGUGCUGCACUAUGUUGGUUCAUUUUCAAAUGAUUGCACGAAAAUAGAUAUAACGAAAGCAGACGAAGGCGAAUUUUUGACAAGUACUUCGGGCUCUAAUGAAUUAUUUUCAGAUAUUGAUUCGUCCGUUACUCUCGAACACGAGCCCAUUCAAGAAAAAUCAGCAGAUGAAAAAUAUUAUGGAAGAGUAGAACUUGUUGCAUUUCUAUUAUGUAUUUUUUAUGACGUUGAAUUCAACAAAAUGCAAGAAUACCUAAAAUCCCAUACUAGUUCAUCCGUUUGUGACUCUUCCAAAAAGCAAAAGCAAUACCGGUAUGCAGACAACUCCAUUAUUUCCAUCGAACCGUUUGGAAAUGUUUGCUUCAAUAAGGACUCUUCUUUUACAUACUUCUCAAAACGAAAUAAUUUAGUGAAAGGUGACAUUUUCUUUAAGGAAACACCAAAACAUUCUGUUACAGUAUUCUCAAAAGACACAGUUAUUGAGGAAGGGAACAUGGUUUUAAGAUUGCGCAACACUAUGUUAACGCCCUAUUUGAAUGACGAUCACCGUGGUUUAUUCAGUUUGGCAGGUGAUUGUCUUGCUGAUGUUAUUGGAAUGAAAACAAACUUCGAGUUGAGUGAUAUUAUCCAUUUUUUAUCCGAUAUUUUGAUUCAAAUGACAAUUCUGUUCACGAAGAAGAUUGUUCACAAUGAUAUCAAACCUCAAAAUAUUAUAAGAAUUGAAAAUCGUUGGUUUUUAAUUGAUUAUGAAUUGUCAAUUUUGUUUCAUAAAGUUAAUGAAGAUAGACUAUGUUGUUUUCAAAGCGACGAUGUGAUAGUGAAUAAGAGUGGCACAAAGGGAUAUUUGGCUCCUGAAAAACAAAAGGAAAAAUUAAUUUCCAUAACAGGAGAUGUAUAUUCUUUGGGUAUGACUGUUUUAGAAAUGAUGUCAAAACAACCAGUUACUGCUGAAGAUCCAUUAAAUGCUGUAUCUAUCCAAAAUGAAAAUCUCAAACAAAUCAUGACUGGUAUGCUUCAGGAAGAUCACUGCAAGAGAUAUUCUCCAGAUCAAUGCUUGACACAAUUGAAGGAGUUGUUUGCAGACGAAUUAGAGCUUGCACGUAAUGACAAUUCAUUAUUCAGAGACACUGAACACUUUGUUAAAGUAGUUGGUGCAAAACUAAAGGUAACAAAAGUUUAUUAG